UUUGUUCUUAUUGGCUGCACCUUUAUCUCUUCUUUGACUUCCUCAAAGAAAGAAGACUCAAAAAGCUCACUCCCUCUUUCAUACCCACAAGUCAAACACCAAAAGAAAGAAAAGCUCUCAACUCUUCUCUCCCUCUCACACCUUUGGGUCCAGCAGUAAGGAAAAAGGUUUCUUUUAGUUCUUCUCAAACUUUUGUUAUCAAUUUAAAGUUAGAGUGAUUCUAGUUCUAUCACUCCAAGAACCGUGCUUUGGGUAUUACCAGUUCCCAAGUCUAAGCUCCUUCGACUAUAGGCUCUCAGUUCCUCUGCUUUCAGGUUAAUCAUACCAAUUAUAAGCUACCUUGUUUUUGUAAACACUCACCAAGGCUGGAAUGGAUCACGUAAUUCCCAUGGAGGAGUUCCAUUUAGGAAAAGUUGAAAGAAAAGAAGCUGGUGAAUCAAGCAGAGACAAUGAUCAACCUGUCAUUGUCGCUGGAGAAACCCAUAAGCUCAUGACUAGUACAAUCCAAGGUAGUACCAGUUCCAAGGAAGAGAAGUUUAAGAAAUUAAAGGAGGCGCAAGCCAAAGUGCAACUCGGAACAACACCAGAGAUACAAGAGAUGGGAGAGCCCACAAUCGAAGGUAGUUCCAGUUCCAAGGAAGAGAAGUUUAAGAAAUUAAAGGAGGCGCAAGCCAAAGUGCAACUCGGAACAACACCAGAGAUACAAGAGAUGGGAGAGCCCACAAUCGAAGGUAGUUCCAGUUCCAAGGAAGAGAAGUUUAAGAAAUUAAAGGAGGCGCAAGUCAAAGUGCAACUCGGAACAACACUAGAGAUACAAGAGAUGGGAGAGCCCACAAUCGAAGGUAGUUCCAGUUCCAUGAAAGAGAAGUUUAAGAAAUUAAAGGGGGCGCAAGCCAAAGUGCAACUCGGAACAACACCAAAGAUACAAGAGGUUUUAAUGCUGCGAGAUCACAAGCAUUACCAAAAGUACUGUGAGCCGAGAGUGGUAUCACUCGGUCCUAUCCAUCAUGGUAAGCCUAAAUAUCAGCUAACAGAGGUGUACAAGCUUAUGUUGGCAGACAAAUUCAUUGGAAAAACUGGCAGGACUGAUGAAGAAUUGUAUGGUAUUAUUAAGGAUAAAAUCAAAGGACUGAGGGAGUGCUAUGAUGAGAAAGUGACACAGAAAUAUAGUGAUGAGGACCUUGCUUGGAUGUUGUUUGUGGACGGCUGUGCAACAUUGCAGUUCAUAGACUUGGUUGCUCAUCAUGAGAAUGUCGAAGAUUUCAAAAUUAAAAACGAUCAAGUGGCGUUUGUGCAACAAGAUUUGUUCUUGUUAGAGAAUCAACUUCCUUACAAACUCCUCGACUAUUUAAUGAAAAAUAUUAAAGAGGAGGAAAAUAGAAAAAUGGAGAAAAACUUGUGGAAAUCUAUCCAAAUUUUCAUCGAUAUGCACAGCAUGCUAGCUGAUGGAACAGAAUUUCAAAAUCCUCAAAAUGCCGUCCAUCUUCUUGAUCUUCUGUGGAAAAGACUUCUAGGUCUUGAUGGCGUGAAAGACGAAAGUGCUCAGAAAAAAGAAACUGGCGAGAAACCCCGAAGUCCGACUGUGAAACGUAGUAAAGCUCGCACACGUAGAAUGAUUAACACUCCACCUAACAAGAAUGAAGAAAAUGAUGAGAGAGAUCUAGAGUGGCAUUCAUUUCGCAAUGUGCAGGAGCUUAGAGAGGUAGGAAUCCAUUUGAAGCACAGCAAAAGUAGAAGCUUGAGAGAUAUAGAAUUCACCAAAAAAUGUAAUUUCUAUCCGGGAAUCCUUUGGAUGCCUAAAAUAGUAGUGGAUGACUCAACUGGGCCAAUGUUCUUCAACUUAAUAGCCUACGAGAUGUGUCCUGAUUUCGAGAAUGACUUUGGGAUCACCUCUUACAUAUACUUCCUUGAUUCACUUAUUGAUGAACAAAAAGACGUUAUUGACCUCAGGAAUGCAGGCAUACUCCACAACCUCCUCGGCAGCGACCAAGAAGUGGCUGAUGUCUUCAAUGAGAUAGGCACCGACUUGGUGCCUAACCUUGAUAUAUAUAGAGAUGUCAGAGUUCAAAUCCAAAAGUACUACAAAAUGCAAAAAAAGAUGAAGAUAUCUCCAGUCAUUCAUACGCAUUUCAGUAGCCCCUGGACGGUCAUUGCUUUCGUUGCCGCAUUCUUUGCACUUGGUCUCACUGUCGUACAAACGGUGUACUCUAUCUUGGCAUAUUAUAAAGGGUAAAAAGAAACACCACCCCUAAUAUAAAUAACCAUAACCACACUGAUUCUAUGUCUUUUCAGAUUGUUGUUCAAUAAGUACCUGUAAGAGUUCUGUACCUGUCAGGAUUUCUCAUAGGCCUUUCUCUCUCUCUCUGGAACACAUCCUCUAUGGCUACUAUGUCAUUCCGUUUGUUUACUUUUCUUUUGUCGAACUCCCUUGUUCGUUUAAAUAAGUCAGUGUGGACAAUGUACUUGAUUCUUAAUUAAUUUGAUGUAAUGUGUGUUUGAGAUAAAAACAUGAUAUUUAUCUGCCAGAAUUUUACGUGUGAGGAGGGUUGAGUGUAUUAUUAUGUAAUAAAAUUUGAAGAUGAAUGAUUGAUAUAA